AUGACUUGCAGACAUGUCUCUCUCAUUGCAAAUAAAGACCCUCAGGCUUCCUAUAUUCUAAUUUAUAGUCUCUCUCUGAUGCAAUCUCUCUCUGCAAAUGCAAGUAAAGACCCUCAGGGCUCCUCAUUCUCUCUGAUUUAUGGUCUCUCUCUCAGUCUUCCUAAAUUUAUAUCUCUCUCUGAUGCAUGCAGGCUAAAGACAAUUUAUAGUCUCUCUCUGAUGCAAAAUUUCCUAUAUUCUUCCUAUAUUCUAAUUUAUAGUCUCUCUGAUGCAAUCUCUCUCUCUGAUGCAAGUAAAGACACUCAGGCUUCCUAUAUUCUAAUUUAUAGUCUCUCUGAUGCAAGUAAAGACACUCAGGCUUCUCUAAUUUAUAGUCUCUCUCUGAUGCCCUCAAAUUCUAAAGACCCUCAGGCUUCCUAUAUUCUAAUUUAUAGUCUCUCUCUGAUGAUUCUCUCUCUGAUGCAAAUAAAGACACUCAGGGCUUCCUAUAUUCUAAUUUAUAGUCUCUCUCUGCAAGUGACAAGUAAAGACACUCAGGCUUCGUAUAUUCUAAUUUAUAGUCUCUCUCUGAUGCAAUCUCUCUCUGAUGCAAGUAAAGACCCUCAGGCUUCCUAUAUUCUAAUUUAUAUGUCACUCUCCUAUAUUCUCUCUCUCUCUGAUGCAAUCUCUCUCUCUGAUGCAAGUAAAAGACACUCACCUAUAUUCCCAAUUUAUAGUCUCUCUCUGAUGCAAUCUCUCUCUGAUGCAAGUAAAGACACUCAGGCUUCCUAUAUUCUAAUUUAUAGUCUCUCUCAAGUCUCUGAUGCAAGUAAAGACACUCAGGCUUCCUAUAUUCUAAUUUAUAGUCUCUCUCUGAUGCAAUCUCUCUCUGAUGCAAGUAAAGACACUCAGGCUUCCUAUAUUCUAAUUUAUAGUCUCUCUCUGAUGCAAUCUCUCUCUGAUGCAAGUAAAGAACCUCAGGCUUCCUAUAUUCUAAUUUAUAGUCUCUCUCUGAUGCAAGUAAAGACCCUCAGGCUUCCCUAUAUUCUAAUUUAUAGUCUCUCUGAUGCAAUCUCUCUCUCUGAUGCAAGUAAAGACACUCAGGCUUCCUAUAUUCUAAUUUAUAGUCUCUCUCUGAUGCAAUCUCUCUCUGAUGCAAGUAAAGACACUCAGGCUUCCUAUAUUCUAAUUUAUAGUCUCUCUCUGAUGCAAGUAAAGACACUCAGGCUUCCCUAUAUUCUAAUUUAUAGUCUCUCUCUCUCUGAUGCAAUCUCUCUCUCUGAUGCAAGUAAAGACACUCAGGCUUCCCAUAUUCUAAUUUAUAGUCUCUCUCUCUCUGAUGCAAUCUCUCUCUCUGAUGCAAGUAAAGACACUCAGGCUUCCUAUAUUCUAAUUUAUAGUCUCUCUCUGAUGCAAUCUCUCUCUGAUGCAAUCUCUCUCUCUGAUGCAAGUAAAGACACUCAGGCUUCCUAUAUUCUAAUUUAUAGUCUCUCUCUGAUGCAAUCUCUCUCUGAUGCAAUCUCUCUCUCUGAUGCAAGUAAAGACCCUCAGGCUUCCUAUAUUCUAAUUUAUAGUCUCUCUCUGAUGCAAUCUCUCUCUGAUGCAAAUAAAGACACUCAGGCUUCCUACAUUCUAAUUUAUAGUCUCUCUCUGAUGCAAUCUCUCUCUGAAAGUAAAAGACACUCAGGCUUCCUGUAUUCUAAUUUCUAUCUCUCUCUGAUGCAAACACUCAGGCUUCUCUCUCUCUCUGAUGCAAUCUCUCUCUCUGAUGCAAGUAAAGACCCUCAGGCUUCCUAUAUUCUAAUUUAUAGUCUCUCUCUCUCUGAUGCAAUCUCUCUCUCUGAUGCAAGUAAAGACACUCAGGCUUCCUAUAUUCUAAUUUAUAGUCUCUCUCUGAUGCAAGUAAAGACACUCAGGCUUCCCUAUAUUCUAAUUUAUAGUCUCUCUCUGAUGUGCAGUAGUAAAGACACUCAGGCUUCCUAUAUUCUAAUUUAUAGUCUCUCUCUGAUGCAAUCUCUCUCUGAUGCAAUCUCUCUCUCUGAUGCAAGUAAAGACACUCAGGCUUCCUAUAUUCUAAUUUAUAGUCUCUCUCUGAUGCAAUCUCUCUCUGAUGCAAUAAACACUCAGGCUCUAAUUUAUAGUCUCUCUGAUGCAAUCUCUCUCUCUGAUGCAAUCUCUCUCUCUGAUGCAAGUAAAGACACUCAGGCUUCCUAUAUUCCUCCUCUGAGGCUUCCUUCCUAUAUUCUAAUUUAUAGUCUCUCUCUGAUGCAAUCUCUCUCUCUGAUGCAGAAAGACACUCAGGCUUCCUAUAUUCUAAUUUAUAGUCUCUCUCUGAUGCAAUCUCUCUCUGAUGCAAGUAUAGACACUCAGGCUUCCUAUAUUCUAAUUUAUAAUCUCUCUCUGAUGCAAACAUUCAGGCUCUCUGAUGCAAGUAAAGACACUCCUUCCUAUAUUCUAAUUUAUAGUCUCUCUCUCUCUGAUGCAAGUAAAGACACUCAGGCUUCCUAUAUUCUAAUUUAUAGUCUCUCUCUGAUGCAAUCUCUCUCUGAUGCAAGUAAAGACACUCAGGCUUCCUAUAUUCUAAUUUAUAGUCUCUCUCUGAUGCAAGUAAAGACACUCCAGGCUUCCUAUAUUCUAAUUUAUAGUCUCUCUCUGAUGCAAGUAAAGACACUCAGGCUUCCUAUAUUUCUAAUUUAUAGUCUCUCUCUGCAAGUAAAGACACUCAGGCUUCCUAAUUAUAGUCUCUCUAUUCUAAUUUCUAUUAUAGUCUCUCUGAUGCAAUCUCUCUCUGAUGCAAGUAAGACACUCAGGCUUCCCUAUAUUCUAAUUUAUAGUCUCUCUGAUGCAAGUAAAGACCCUCAGGCUUCCUAUAUUCUAAUUUAUAGUCUCUCUCUGAUGCAAGUAAAAGACACUCCAGGCUUCCUAUAUUCUGAAUUUAUAGUCUCUCUCUCUGAUGCAAUCUCUCUCUCAGUGCAAGUAAAGACCCUCGGGCUUCCCUAUAUUCUAAUUUAUGGUCUCUCUGAUGCAAUCUCUCUCUUUCUGAUGCAAUCUCUCUCUCUGAUGCAAGUACUCCAGGAGAACACCUCUAGGCUUCCUAUAUUCCAGGCACCUAAUUCUAUAUUUUAUAAUCUCUCUCUCUCUCUGAUACAGAGUAAACACUCCAGGCUUCUAUGUUCUACUCAGGCUUCACUUAGACUUCCUAUAUUUCAAUUUAGUCUCUCUCGAUGCAACAGUCUCUCUCUGUUCGCAAGUAAGACACUCAAGGCUUCCUCUAUUCUAAUUUAUAGUCUCUCUCUGAUGCAGUCUCUCUCUGGUGAUGAUAAGAGACACUCCAGGCUUCCCUUCUCUCUCUCUGAUGCAAAUAAAGACACUCCAGGCUUCCUAUAUUCCCUAAUUUAUAGUCUCUCUCUCACAGUGCAUCUCUCUGAUGCAAUCUCUCUCUACAUGCAAGUAAAGACCACUCAGGCCUCUAUUCUAAUUUAUGAGUCUCUCUCUCUGAUGCAAUCUCUCUCUGUGCAAGUAAAGACACUCAGGCUUCCUAUAUUCAGACACUCAGGCUUCCCUGUAUUCUAUUUAGUCUCUCUCCCAGUGCAUCUCUCUCCAGUGCAAGUAAAGACACUCCAGGCUUCCUAUAUUCCUAAUUUUAUAGUCUCUCUCUCUCUGAUGCAAUCUCUCUCUGAUGCAAGUGAUAAAGAGACCCUCAGAGCUUCCUAUAUUCUAAUUUAUAGUCUCUCUCUCUCCCAGUGCAAGGGAGACACUCAGGCUUCCUAUAUUCUAAUUUAUAGUCUCUCUCUCUCAGAAUCUCUCUCUCUGAUGCCAAGUAAAGACACUCCAGGCUUCCUAUUCCUAAUUUAUAGUCUCUCUGAUGCAAGUAAAGACACUCCCAUGCCCCACCUUAUUUCUAAUUUAUGGUCUCUCUCUGAUGCAAUCUCUCUCUCUGAUGCAGAUCUCUCUCUAUUGAUGCAAGUAGAACCUCAGGCUUCCCUAUAUUCCCUAAUUUAUGAGUCUCUCUCUCUGAUGCAAUCUCUCUCUCUGAUGCAAGUAAAGACACUCAGGCUUCCCUGUAUUCUAAUUUAUAGUCUCACUCAUUACCCAAUCUCUCUCCUCUCUGUGCAAGUAAAGACACAGGCUUCCCAUAUUUCCCAAUUUAUAGUCUCUCUCUCUGAUGCAAUCUCUCUCUCUGUGCAGAGUAAAGACUCUCAGGCUUCCUAUAUUCCUAGUUAUAGUCUCUCUGGUGCAAUACUAAAGACACUCCUAGUUAUAGGUUCCUCUCUGAUGCCAUUUCUAUGUUCGAUUGAUAGUCUCUCUCUGAUGCAAGUAAAAGACACUCCAGGCUUCCUAUAUUCAAUUUAUAGUCUCUCUCUGAUGCAAUCUCUCUCUCUGAUGCAAGUAAAAGACACUCAGGCUUCCUAUAUUCUAAUUUAUAAUCUCUCUCUCUCUCUGAUGCAAUCUCUCUCUCUGAUUACAGUAAAAGACCCUCAGGCUUCCUAUAUUCCCCUAAAGACACUCGGGCUUCCCUAUGUUCUAAGUUAUAGUCUCUCUCUCUCCAGUGCAAUCUCUCUCUCUGAUGCAAGUAAAAAGACACUCAGGCUUCCUCUAUUCCUAAUUUAUAGUCUCUCUCUCUGA